UACGAUUGCACUUUUUUCAGGUACCUUCACGAGGUUUGCUCGCCAUCCAUAAUUCACAUGAAUAUCAAGUCCUCUAAUAUAUUGCUCGACACGGAACUCAAUCCCCGUCUCUCGGACUACGGUUUAGCAGCAUUUUACAAGCUAAGAAGUGGAAGGCCUGGAGGUGGAUAUGAUGCACCAGAAUGCACGCAGGGUUCAAGUUACACAAUGAAGAGUGACAUUUACAGUUUGGGAGUGGUGAUGUUGGAGCUGUUGACCGGGCGGAUGCCUUAUGACUCUGGGAAGGCAAAGGUGGAGCAAUGUCUAGUCCGAUGGGCAACCCCACAGCUGCAUGACAUAGAUGCAUUGGACAAAAUGGUAGACCCUGCAUUGCGUGGGCUAUAUCCGCCGAAGUCAGUGUCUAGAUUUGCAGAUAUCAUCGCCCUUUGCGUGCAAUCGGAGCCUGAAUUUCGGCCUCCCAUGUCGGAGGUGGUGCAAGCCUUGGUGACUUUGGUUCAACGAUCAGCAUGAAUGUGAGAGAUGAUCUUUGAACCUGUCAAGGAAUGGAUGAUUAUGAGUAUUAAUUUUAUGUGUUUCAUUCAUUCAAUACAAAUAAGUCUCACGUUCAGAGAAUUAGCCGUUCUAUUCAUUCAUACAUUCAUUCUUGGGUAUGUAGUUUUUAGUUUACAUCAACUUUUGUUCCCUUUAUAUUUCCAUAUGAAUAGCCUUAGACUAUUCUAUUAGUGAUUCAAUCCUAUGUAGCAUGUUCAAUUUC